AUGGCUGUAGAAACUUCCAUGCCUAAUUGUUUUUGUGGCGCGGCACCUAAAGUUUCUACACCUCCACAAAAGCGCCGUUUCCUACGUUUUUACCCCGUUUCUGUAUGCAUAAAGGCUAAAUCCGGUGAAGUAAUCUUUGGGAAAGAAAAAAAGACAAGCGCAACGAUAUACAUGUUUAUGCAUCGAAAUCUCAGCGGCAAACGCAUCGGUUAUCCUGAUGGCGAUAUAUCGCCCGGGCGGAUGGAAGAUUUUCUUGCAACAUUUGAUAUAGUCAGGUUCGUGCACGGUGAAACUCACGUUAAGCAUGGAAUAUUGGAUUUGUGGCCGGGUUACGAGAUUACGGAUGUCGCCAGGAGAUUUUUCAGAUCAUGCCCUGGUGACGUAUCUGUUGCCCAUGCGCAAAACUAA